AUGCCUCGCGACCCACUGAUCGGCCUGGUUGGCAAGCCAUCUUCAGGUAAAUCAACUACAUUAAACAGCUUGACAGAUGCCUCUUCGAAAGUUGGCAAUUUCCCCUUCACAACUAUAGACCCUCAACGUGCUGUUGGAUAUCUUCAGAUCGAUUGCGCAUGCGCGCGGCAUGAUCUAGUUGAGAAAUGUAAACCCAACUAUGGUGCUUGCAUAAAUGGCAAGAGAUCGGUUCCCAUCGAAUUGCUGGAUGUUGCUGGUCUGGUCCCUGGUGCACAUGAAGGCAAGGGACUGGGCAAUAGAUUCCUCGACGAUCUGCGGCAUGCAGACGCCCUAAUCCAUGUGGUGGACGUCAGUGGAACAACAGACGCAGAGGGAAAAGCCACCCGAGGCUAUGACCCGAGUGUCGACAUCGAAUGGUUACGAGGAGAAAUCGUGAGAUGGAUUCAAGGAAACUUGAUGGAGAAAUGGGGAAGCAUCAAGAGAAGACAUGUCGCCGUUAAAGCUACGGCCGUUGAUACUCUACAAGGGCAAUUCUCCGGGUACGGGAGUACAAGCAAUGUUGUUGCUCGUUGUCUCGAUCGCAUGCAGCUCAAACAACCACUCGAAGAAUGGAGCGAUGAAACCAUUCUCAAAGUUGUCAAUGCCUUUACCGACGAAAAGUUUCCCACAGUACUCGCUCUCAACAAGAUCGAUCAUCCAGAUGCCGAUCGAAAUAUUGCCAAAAUCGCCAAACAGCAACCUCCCGAUAGUAUUGUUCUUUGCUCAGCUAUAUCCGAAGUUUUUCUACGGCGGCUGGCAAAACAAGGCUAUAUCAAGUACAAAGAAGGCGCAGAAUAUCUGGAUACGCGAGAAGAUCUCAUUGAACAAGGAGAUCCCGACGGGGGAGGGCUCAAAGAAAUGGACGACAAACUGAGUCAGAGGAUCGAAAAUCUGAAAGACAUGGUCCUUUACAGAUUCGGGAGUACGGGUGUGGUUCAAGUCUUGACUCGAGCAGCUGCAUUACUUGGCCUGGUGCCUGUUUUCCCUGUCAAGAACAUCCACACCUAUGGCUCCGCUGGCAGCGGAUCAUCAGCGGUAUUCCGUGAUUGUGUUCUCGUGAAAAAGAACAGUACCGUCGCGGAUGUUGCUCGCAAAGUCAUGGGAGAUGCACCAAUCGCCUUUGUGGAAGGUGACGGUGGCCGCAGAGUCGCAGAAGAUCAAAUUGUGGCAGUGGGCAAGAACGACAUCCUCUCAUUUCACGUUGGACGAUGA